AUGUUUGCAUCACGUAGCGACUUGCAAUCCCGUCUGUGUAUUCUAAAGGCAACCUUGUGUUCAUCCUGGUUACUUGGAGUAUUUCCCUACAGAUUCGAUUCGCGAAAUAGCCAGCUGAAGCGCUCCAGAUUUCUACUAUUUUACGGACUAAUCGUGAACUUCUUCCUACUUCUGAAAAUGGUGUGCUCAGGAGGUCAGAAGCAGGGGAGUCCCGAGGCAUUUGCGCGGAAUCCAGUCCUGGAAAAUACACAUUACACAAUUCGCAUGGUGACCGUUUUCUCAUGCUUGGUAAUACAUUUUUUGAACUUUUGGGGAAGCACAAGAGUGCAGGACUUGGCCAAUGUACUGCUAGGCCUUGAGUAUCACCACUUUGCCAGCGUAAACUCCUUAGUGCAAUUCAGCAUUAAUUGCAAUAUAAAGCAUUAUUAUAUCGCGGCCUUGUUAAUCUAUCGCUAUAUAUGGCAAAUCAACAGACAACUAUUAGAACUGGUCACGAAUCUUAAACUGGAUCGUUCGGUGGACUCCUCGAGGAUUCGGAAAUCCCUAUCAUUGUACCGCCGCCUUUCGGAGCUCAAAGGAAAUAUAGUGUACUGGAUAUAUUCCUAGAUUGUGUUGGACAUUAGCAUGAACAUACGAUCCAUCAGUUUGCUGAUUUUCCCGCUGUUCUUAUUUGUUAAUGUUUGGAAUCUUUGGUUGAGCAUUGUCGCCUUCGAUCGCGAGAAUGCUGACAAAAAUACCCAAGAUGUACUUAGACUUUUUGGUGAUCUAGAGGUGAAAGAUAUUGAACUGGAAAGAAGUGUGAAUGAAUUCGCAUUGCUGUGCAGUCAUCGUCAGUUUAACUUUCACGUGUGUGGACUUUUCACUAUAAACUAUAAAAUGGGUUUCCAAAUGAUUAUCACCAGUUUCUUAUACUUGAUUUACUUGAUUCAAUUCGAUUUCAUGAAUUUGUAA